AUUUCUAGGGCUAUCGUGAUCAAAUGCUAUCUGAAGAAAUGAUGCAUCUUGUACCCGCCAGUCUGCAAGGUAAAGAGGAUAUUUUAUUCGGCAAUUUACACGAAUUGUAUACAUUUCACAAUGAGAUCUUUCUGAAAGAUCUGGAAAAUUGUAUAUCUACGACAGAAUUGGUGGCGCUGUGUUUUGUGCAAAGGCGCGACACCUUCUAUCGUUUAUACUCCUUCUACUGCCAAAAUAUACCACGCUCCGAUCGGCUGCGUGAAACGCUCGUCGAUACACAUCUCUUCCUGCAAGAAUGCCAAAAGCGUUUGGGUCACAAGCUACCAUUGGGCGCAUAUCUGCUGAAGCCAGUGCAACGCAUUACCAAGUACAAAUUGCUGCUCGAAAAUCUGCUGGGGUCCAGCGAUAGCGGCAGCUGUACCAAAGAAUUACAAAAAGCUUUAGAUUGUAUGCUAAUCGUGUUGCGUUGUGUGAACGAUUCGAUGCAUCAAGUGGCUAUAACGGGAUUUCCGAGCAAUCUUUCGCAACAAGGCGAACUACUGCUGCAGGAUCCCUUCCAGGUGUGGACGGAGUCAAAGAAGGAUUUGCGACUGCGCAAAAAACCGCAGCAGCGACAUAUUUUCCUUUACCACAAAUCUAUGAUUUUCUGUAAGAAAACCUCGAAGCCUGGACACAACAAAAGCACCUAUCAGUUUAAGCAUCAGUUGAAGUUGUCACAAAUCGGCCUCACCGAAUCGGUACGCGGCGAUUCAACGCGCUUCGAAGUCUGGCUACAGGGACGCCAAGAAGUGCAUACACUGCAGGCGCCCACCGAGGAGGUGAAAAAUAAAUGGGUCACUGAAAUCAAGCGACUGCUGCUCAAUCAAUUGGAAGAGCUGAAAGGCGAAAAGAUCAAACAGUAUGGCAUGAAUCAUCAUGGCCUGCGGCAGACAACCUCAUGGGAUACGCCAAAUAUUCUGUUGGGCAUGCCACAACGCGCUGUGAGCUGUGAUGCAUCCUCCGAGUCUUCGAAUCGCAAUUCGAAUUGCAGCAGCAGUGGCGAUGAUGUCUACCCGCACGGCAUGCCACCACCACUCUCGACGGUGACAGGCAAUGGGCAUGCGCAUGGCAAUAGCGCUAGUGGUGUUGGUGGUGACAAAGAGCAGCAAGAGGCAUGCGGCUGGAGCUCGGAUUACUCGAAUAGUGAGGAUGAAAUGUCGAUCAUCGAAGACAACAGCGCGCCGCGUUUCAUGAAUUUUCUGGCCCAGUGGACCUACAAUUCUGAUGGUAAUGGUGGUGGCUCUUAUCCGCGUAACAGCAAAUCCAAUUCGAAAUUCUAUGUCUCCGUGGAGCAUUGAGCAGUUAAGCAAGCUUUAAAACAACAAAAAUAAUGGAAGUAAUAUACCCCAUUCACAGAGAAAAAAAAAUCGAAAAAUGUACGAAAUACCAAAAAGUUAGUGAAAAAUCAAAAUGAAAUCGCCGACCGCUUAAUUUAUAGUACAAAAUAAUAUUUAGUCACGUAAACGACACGCAGUAAAAACUUAAAAGCACGCAAACUUUAAAAUAUGCUAUAGCAGUACUCAAAGCGAUUACAGCUUAGUGCAACAGGUCAUCAGUCGAGUACAGAAUUGAGUAUUUAGUCCAAAAAUGUAUUUGUAGCGCUAACGAAUUACAUAUGUAAAUAUUUUAUAGUAAAGUGAGACAAGUAAAAAAAACAAAAAAUUCAUUAUAAAA